AAAAUAGUUUUAUGAUGUCAUUAAAAUAUAAUUAUAAAUGAUUUCCCCUAACUGUUUACUGCUAGGUUUAAAUAUUCAACCUCCUCUUGUCUAGUUUGGAAUAUGAUUGUGCACUAUUUAGUAACUCAUUAAUACUCGUAUAUUUGAUUUAAAUUGUAAAUAUAUCACAUCCGUGACAUUUAUUUUGAAAUGCUUUUAACCAACGACCCGGAAGUGAAACAUACGUCAUCGUCCACCGUUGUUUUUACGCUCACGUUGGUUUAAAAAUGUUUAAUAAGAAGCCACGGAGAAAUUUCAGGCAAAGAAAAAAUGAAUCAAGUGAGGAAGAAGACAACGAAAAAGUCGGCAGCGGUGACGGUGGAAACGAAACGGAGAAACCUGUCCACUCAAAAGCAGAUUUACCGCGCAGACGUCAAUCUGACUCGAGUGAUGCGGAGGAGCCGACUGUCACUCCAGUUCAGUCUAAAGACAUCAAACACUCAUCGCAAAACAAUACUCUUAGCUUCCUGGAAGACAAAGAUUCCACUGAAGGACGAGCUUUUAAAGUAAAACGGUCGGUCAAUAAAGAAGUUGUUUUCAAAGCACGGAAAAGGGAGGAUUCUCCUGUAACGUUGUCAAUCCCUCAAGUUAAGAAAAAUGUGGAUGUCAGUGAGGAAUCACAAUCGGACAGUGAUGCUGAUGCUGAGGAUUUACCUCCUGAUAGUGAUGAUGAAAGCUCCUCCACCAUGUCAAGUUCAUCUGGUUCUUCAAAACCACACACAGUCAACAUCCCAGAUGCUAGAAAGAUUCACGCUGCCAAAGAGCAAAGACGACAAGCCAGAGCCCGGAAAGAUUACAUUCCAUUGGAUUCACCCGGCACUCCUGGCAGCUUCCUAGAAGAAGAUCGUAGCGAUGCGGAGCAAGGCAGCGACAAUGAACCUGACGAUCAUGAGCGCAGAAUCGAAUUUGCACCCAAACCAAAGACUCUGAGAGAGCGUAUAGCUGAGAAGAUGGGAAGCGGUAGUGAGGAAACUUUUUCGGAUAGUCAGGAGGAGGAAGACCAGCAGAUCUGGGAGGAACAACAGAUUGGAAAAGGAGUCAAAAGACACCAAAAGCAACGUCAGGCUCUGGUAAGACCAAUCAGACAAAAGAAAAUUCCUGAAACGCUUCCACCAGUCAGCAUUGGUGUCAUCAAGAAAAGAAUUGUGGGAAAAUUAGAUUCGCUCAGGGAGGUGCACAGGGCGCGGGAGGCGGAGCUAAGGAGGAUGCAGCUGGAUGUUGAAAUGGCCAAGAGCUCCUUGGAGAGCCUUGAAAAUCACCCUGCGGAUGAUCAGCUCCGGUUCUACCGUACCAUGAACAUGUUCUCACAGAACCUGCUGGAAUGCCUGUCUGAGAAGAUGGCUUUAAUAAACUCUGUUGAGCUGGACAUCCAUAGUCUUUAUAUUGACCAGGCAGAGGCGCUGUUGAGUCAAAGAAGAGAAGCGGUUCAAGAGGAGUCCUCUCGAAUUCAAAAGUUAACCUAUAAUACUGAUACACAAAGCAAUGGUGACGCAACUGGUGGGUCCAGCCCCCCUGUGCAAAGCUUGUUUGACUAUUCUGAAGAUGUCGAGUGCUUGCCUUCCGAUUUGGAGCCAACUGCUGCUCAGGAGGCUGAGCUACAAAGAGCUGAUUUGCUGAAAACUGCAAAGGAAAUAUUUGCUGAUGUCCAGAUGGAAUUUUGGGACGUGAAGAAAAUCCUAUCCAGAUUUGAUGAGUGGCGUGUCUCGAUUCCAGAAUCCUACAAUAAUGCCUAUAUUGGACUGUGCCUUCCAAAACUUCUGGCACCACUGAUCCGACAUCAGCUUAUUGACUGGAAUCCUCUUAAGGCAGAUGCUGAAGACUUUGAAGCAUUACCGUGGUACUCUGCUGUUGAGAAGUUUUGUCAUGGUCAGGGUUAUGAGGAAUCAGAGAACAUGGAUACAAAGACGCUGCCCACCAUAAUCGAGAAGACGAUCCUAUCUAAAGUUCAAGGUUUUGUGGAGCUGGUGUGGGAUCCUCUGUCUACACAGCAGUCUAAUACCCUGACAACACUGUGUAAGAGAAUACAGGAGGAUUAUUCUGUAUUUGAUGGUGAACAAAGCAAGCCUGUUAAGGUUUUUGUAGAAGCCGUUAUUCAGAGACUGAGGAGUGCGGUGGACAAUGAUGUCUUUGUCCCAUUUUACCCCAAAAAGUUUUUAGAAGACAGGAGGUCACCACAGUUCCUGUUUCAGAACAAACAGUUUUAUUCUGCUGUGAAGUUGCUUGGUAAUAUGGCUUUAUGGGAUGGAUUGAUUCCUGAGCAUAUUCUUAAAGAGGUGAUGUUGGAGAAACUUCUGGGACGUUAUUUGAUGAUAAUUGUUCUUAAUGAAUCCAGUCCAAAACACAGCAUCCAGAAAUGUAAAAAGAUUGCCAAUUGUUUUCCAAAAUCAUGGUUUAUGGAAGUAAACGUCGGAUCAACACUACCUCAACUACAGAACUUCAGUAAACAUCUUCUACAGGUUGCUCAUGGGAUAGGCAAGGACAACAGUGACCCCAGCAGCACUCGAGCACUUUUAUCUGAAAUAUUGUGUAUACUCCAGGACAUCAAGGCACAUGACUGCAUUGAGACUAUAACAAACAAAUAUAAAUGUAAAGAUCUGCUAAAAGUUCAGUAGCAGCAUUUUGUCUUGACAUCAGUGAACAUGUUUUUGUACGUUACCAAGUCGCUUUUAUAUGUACAUGUAUAGUAAAUAAAAUUUUGGCUCAUG